AUGACGGAAUCCAAAAUAACCUCGCUCAAAAAACCAAAACGGAAAACAACAUUCACUCUCUCCCGCCGGAACUCUCAAUGGGACCCCCCAACCCUCCUCGACGCCCUCCUAACCUCCCCCCUCCUAACCCUCCUCACCUACCUCCACACCCUAAUCCAACACUUCCGCUCCCCGCCCUUCACCCCCUCGCACCCUCCCAUCCGUCUAACCUGCAUCUCGGACACACACACCAACACCAUAUCCGUCGAGCCGGGCGACGUGUUGAUCCACGCCGGCGACCUCACAAACCAGGGCACCGUAGCGGAGAUCCAGGCGCAGAUAGACUGGCUCGCGUCCCUCCCUCACAAAGCGAAAAUCGUAAUCGCCGGCAACCACGACAGCUAUCUAGAUGUGCGGAGCCGACGGGCGGAAGAUGCAGGGAAGAAAUUGGAUUGGAAGGGGAUACGGUAUUUGGAGAAUGAGAGUUUGACGGUGGAGUUUAAGGCUCAGGGGAGGAAAUUGGAGUUUUGGGGGGGUCCGGAGAUUCCUGCUUGUGGGGGGAAGGAUUUUGCAUUCCAAUACCCGCGCACCUCCUCCCCGUCACAAUGGGAAUCACGCAUCCCACCUACAACCGACAUCCUCAUAACCCACACGCCGCCCCUGCACCACCUCGAUCUCUCCUUAGGUUGCGCCUCUCUGCUCGCGCGUCUCUGGACCAUACGACCCAAAGUCCAUAUCUUCGGACAUGUACACAGCGGUCAUGGGCGUGAGGUGUUGUAUUGGGAUGAAGCACAGGCGGCGAUGGAGCGGUUAAAGGGGCGCGGGAAGGUGGGUUUGUGGGGGGACUUGACGGAUGUGAGGGCGUGGGUUGAUGCUGUGAGGGUGCUGGUGUAUGGGGUUAGGGGCGUGGUGUGGGAACGGGUUAUGCAGGGGGGACGGGGGAGGGGGACGUUGGCUGUUAAUGCGGCGGUGGUUUAUCAGAGUACGACGGAUGUGGGGAGGGGGGCGCAGGUUGUUGAUGUAUAG